UGCUGAUCUUCCUGUCGCGGACAAAAUGCGUAACCGAUUUGACGUUAGCUGUUUAUCAUGGAGGAAUAUGCCCGUGAACCCUGCCCAUGGAGGAUAGUUGAUGACUGUGGGGGUGCUUUUACCAUGGGGGCCAUUGGAGGAGGGGUGUUUCAGACUGUCAAAGGCUUUCGGAAUGCACCUGUGGGUGUUCGACACAGGUUAAGAGGUAGCGCAAAUGCGGUGAGAGUAAGGGCACCACAAAUUGGAGGUAGUUUUGCUGUUUGGGGUGGACUGUUUUCAACCAUAGACUGUGGUCUUGUUCGUUUGCGGGGUAAGGAAGACCCUUGGAACUCCAUUACCAGUGGGGCAAUGACUGGAGCUAUACUCGCAGCACGCAGUGGUCCUCUAGCUAUGGUGGGCUCUGCAAUGAUGGGUGGAAUUCUGCUUGCCCUAAUCGAGGGAUUUGGGAUACUUCUUACUAGAUACACAGCACAGCAGUUUCAGAAUUCAAGUCCUAUUGUGGAGGACCCAAAACAGCUUCCCCCGAAAGAAGAGACACGUGGUUAUGGACAGUAUCAAUAACUAAAGUAUUAUAGACUGAAUGAAAAGAGAGGAUUGUUAGUUUACAGCAGUGAUACUCGACUCCAGUACUGGGAACCCACUGCUCUGCACAUUUUUUGUCUUACUUGUUUACAGGCCUGAUUCAGAACAUUAACUCUUUAGCUUAAAGCAGUGUUUCUCAACCACGAUCCUGGAGGGCCACCACCAAAAAGCAGAUUUGUUUUAUUUGUAUUGUGCAGCAUAUAUGCAUAGUAUAUGUUGUGAAAAGAAGAAAAAUAAAUAAAUCAUUGUAUGAAUGCUGUAAUGUUUAAAUAAUUUUCGAUUAAAAACGCACAAAGGUCAUAAGACCAUCAGAGAGAAUGCAGCAACUUUUAUUUCUCACAGGAUGCGUUCUCUGUUCUCGUGGUCUCCUGUGUUCGUUCUUCUGUGGUAACUUACGUUCUCUGCGUGCUUGAAAUUGGGAAAUAGCCAAAGACUCGUAAUGUGACAGGCAAAGGAGAUACAUCCAAAACAUACAGUGUUGGUGGUCCUGAGAAACACUGUCUUAAAGCAUCAUGGACUUAAUUGUGUGGGUCAGAUUAGGGCAACGUUAAAAACAAAUGUGCAGUCUGGUGGGUCACCAGUACCCUUCAGAGACGGGGAUACUCUGAAUCUUUUGAUUCUCUAUUAGUUACUCAGGGGCAAGUAAAUAAUUUGUAUUAUGUAUAGACUGUAAUAUGCACUUUCAGAAUUUUUGUGUUGCAAAGGAAAACCCAAAGAUUUUCAUUCAUGCAGAAAUCCUAUCUUAUUGGUAAUACAGAUUUACUUUAUACAGGAAUGAUAACAUCUCAAACAAGUCUAAAGCAAAUAUACUGUACAAUAGGGUAUAUGCAGAAGCACGCAGAGGCACUUUUUUGUGUCAGUAAUAGGCAAAGGCAACUUUUAAAACCGGCAAAUUUUUCUGUAAUACCGUUCCUAAGGUAUGUGUACGAUUUUUUUAUUUACAUUUUUUUCAGUUCCUUAGGACAACAGUAUCUCCAGCAAAAGAAAAUAUCCAAAAAUGCAGAGUUUUUGAAACUAAUGAAGACAGCAGAAGUCAAUGAUUCAUUUGAAUUAUUGAGCCUGACAUGUUUACUGCUCCAAAAUAUUUUAAAUAUUUCAAAAAUAAAAUAUAUUGUUUUCAAAGGGGAAAAAAGUUUUUGCUUUUUAGAAAUUUAAAAGGAAAAGAUUUUAGAGCAGUAAUCACAAUACUGUGAAACCGUGAUUUUUUUUUAUCCAAGGUUAUCAUACCGUCAGAAUCUUAUAGCGGCCCAUGCCUAGUUCGUAACCUGGGUCAAGCACUACCGGUGAACUGUAUGCCAUUACAAAAUCGGCACGUUUAAGGUCUGUUUUUUUUUUUUUUUUAAUCAACAUUCUUCACUGACUGAGUGAUAUACGCUAUAAACUGGGUCUCAGAAUGUACAAGCACUGCAUUAAAUUCAUUUGUUCUGUGCCAUGUCUUUAAAGUAUUUAAAUUUAUUUUACUCCAGCAUUUCCAAUGGUGUUUCUGCGCUAGCCUGCUGAUCCUGAUGGGUGCGUGCGAGCGAGUAAACAGCUUUUUAUCUCGGUUUACGCUUCAACAACUAAAUGAAUGCUGAAGUCUAUUUAACUGAUUAUAUUUUAAUCAAAUUGCAACAUCAAUACUGUAAAAGGAACUUUAUAAAUUUGAAAAAGUCACAUUAACUAUUCACUGGAAGUAUAUCGGUAUAGGAUAAAACACUAGCUCUGCAUAUACACUAUUAUGAAGCUGUUUCUAUGCUAGUAUAAUAUUCACAGAAUCACAUAACUCAUUGGUAGGAGACACAUGCAAAAUAAAAACAAUGUGUUAAAAUAGGCUGAAAAUAUUGAACUUUUAAAAUGGAAUGUUCACAAAAUCAGUCUUGAACCAAAAAAAAAGUUGUGUUUAUUACACAUCAUUUUAUUUUCUAUAAAUUUAUCCAGACUGCAAAUCAGGUCAAAAAUGGUGCAAAUAUUUUGUAUUGCAGGAAUGUAAUAAAGAACCCUGGCGCAGUGCAUUCCUGACCUCAGAUAUACAGUGUAAAAGCCUACUGUCAUAAUCAUCGGAUGAGUUUUAUCUUGCAGCACUUUACAUUUAGCUUAAAUUAGUUAUUUACAUCUGUUGGAGUUAUUAAGAAGAAUAUGAAUUGUUGUUUAAGAUAAUCAUAAUUUUAUUUGAACAUCAUUAAUGCUAUUUUAUGCAUAGUAGCACAGCAUACCUACUGUAUGUUUUAUAGGUUGUUAUUUCUAUAUUAAGUUAUUAUUGAAAUCUUUGAAAAAAAGUUUCUCCAGGAUCUUUUCCUAUUCAAUAUGCAUACCGUCACCGUUCCCAUUGUUUGAUGAUAAUAUUAAUUGAUAAAGAUAUAUUUUAACUCCAAUAUGAUGUGCAGUCAGAAAAGGAAUGAUGAAGUUCAUAUAACUUUAAUGUUCAUUUAAAUGUAAGCCAUUUACGUUUGUGUUAUAUCUAGUUUGUAUGUUUGUUUAUUUGUUUUUGAACACUAUAGAGACAAGAAUACAAUAUAGAAUAUGUGUGUUAGUAGCCUGCCUCAAUAAAGUAUUUUUGGGUAA